AUGUACAGGUUCUUUUCCCAAAGAAAAUGCCUCUUCGUUUUCGACAAUGCAGAGAAAUAUAAAAGCCAUGCCGAAUACGACAAUGGCAUCGAUAACUUUUUGCCAGCUGAUCGCAAACGAUUACACGUUCAAAUCACAUCCCAAAAUCAAAACUGUGGUAAAGAGUCGUUGGCAGCUGCAAAGAAGAACAAUUUAGAAAAAUUAGAAAAAUUAUUAGAAAAAAGUGCGGACGCCAAUGUCGCAGAUGAUGAUGGAAUAACACUAUUGCACUAUGCUCUUAACAAUGACAAUCUUAAUAUGCAUGUCAAACCGGAGAAGUUGUACGACUUUGUUAAUACCAAAACCACUACUAGCGGCGCUACAGCACUUCAGGUUGCAGUGAAAAACGGUUCGUUGGAUUUUGUUAGAUUACUGUUAAAACAUAAUGCGAUUCGUAACAUCCUUAACCACAAAUGUGAAACACCGCUAUAUGUGUCUACAAGUGAAAGCGUUGAUCGUUUGCUUUAUUAUAUUGAAGUGUUUUUUGAAGACGUUAAGAAUUGA